UUGGUUUCUUUUAUGCCGGUGAUAAAUUAGUCAGAAGGUAGAGACAAAAAGCGGAGGUGUGAAUAUCACAGGGACUAAAAUGGGGAUAAGAUUCAUAUUGAUGGUGAACAAGCAAGGGCAGACUCGUCUCGCCCAAUACUACGAGUGGCUCACUCUCGAGGAACGCCGCGCUCUUGAGGGUGAAAUCGUCCGCAAAUGCCUUGCUCGCACCGAGCAACAGUGUUCAUUUGUCGAGCAUCGUAACUACAAAAUUGUGUACAGGCGUUACGCGUCUCUUUUUUUCUUAGUUGGAGUCGACAAUGAUGAGAAUGAACUUGCCAUUUUGGAGUUCAUACACCUGUUAGUUGAGACCAUGGAUCGGCAUUUUGGCAAUGUGUGUGAACUUGAUAUUAUGUUUCAUUUAGAGAAAGCACACUUCAUGUUGGAGGAAAUGGUCAUGAAUGGGUGUAUCGUUGAAACAAGCAAGUCUAACAUUCUGGCCCCUAUACAGUUAAUGGACAAAACCUCAUGAAGAAAUUUGAUGGGAUUUUCUUACUUUUGUGUGAGCCUCUUCCCCCUCAUUACUUGUCUAUUUGUACCGUGAUCUUUAUUAUAAACCUGAUUAGAAAUCGAACAGAGAUUUCACCUUCUUUGAUCGUUGAUAAUGUUAAAUGAAGAUACAUGUAGUUGAUUUCCUUACCUUUACAAUAAUGCCUUCAGCUUAAUGCGGCAUAAUAUUCUUCCCUCACAAA